AUGGCUGCGGCCCCAGAGAACACCAACGCCGAGAUCCGGCAGGACGAGUCCACCGGUCAGGCCAACUUUGACAAGAACAGCGUCAAGAUGUACGAGCACGCACACCCCGGGCACGAGGAUGAUGCCUCGUCCAUCAGGUCGGAAGCCCUGGGAGACAACCUGCCGCCUGGAUACUUUACUUCCUUCCGCUUCAUCUGUGCCGUAGCGGGCUUCUGCCUCUCGGCCAUUUCUGCCUACAUCUUCCUGCUCAUGCCCACCAAUGUGCUGACAUAUAUCAAUGCGGAUAUUGGCCCGAGCAAUUACCUGUCAUGGGUGAACAUUGCCCGUACCCUCGCCCUGUCCUUCACCUACACCAUUCUCGGCCGUCUGUCCGAUCUGUUCGGACGUCGCUGGUUCUUCAUCGGCGGCAAUGCCGUCGCCCUCAUCGGCAUCAUCGUCUGUGCUGUGGCCCAGAACAUCGACACCCUCAUCGUCGGCAGCGCCAUCUACGGCCUCGGCGAGACCGUCCAGCUGUCCUUCAACGUCGCCCUCGGCGAGCUUGUCCCCAACAAGUACCGUGGCAUGGUCAACUCGUUCAUCUUCCUGACCAACGCCCCCUUCGCCACCUUUGGCCCCAUCAUGGCCCGCAAGAUGAUGUCCCACCCGGGCAUGGGCUGGCGCUGGACCUACUACAUCAACAUCAUCACCGUCGCCCUCGCCAUCGUCCUGCUCUUCUUCGGCUACCACCCGCCCACCUUUGAGCUGCUCCACGAGCGCAAGACCAAGCGGCAGCUCAUGAAGCAGCUCGACUACGUCGGCAUCUUCCUCUGGAUCGCCGGCCUGACCCUGGCCCUCAUGGGCGUCUCCUGGGGCGGAGUCAUCUACCCCUGGAAGUCGGCCGCCGUCAUCUCCUCGCUGGUCAUCGGCUGCGUUCUCCUGAUCAUCCUCUUUGUCUACGAGACCUACGUGGACCUCGCCUACCCUGCCAUCCCGGUGCAGUUCUUCCGCAACCGCGGCUUCAUGAGCUUGGUCAUUUGCGCCACUGUCGCCAGUAUGUUCUACUACUCGGCCGUGCUCCUGUGGCCCCAGCAGAUCCAGGCCCUCUUCACCAAGGACAUCACCUACGCCGGCUGGCUGUCGUGCACCGUCGGCGGCGCCGUCGCGCUGGGCCAGAUCCUGGCCGGCGCGCUGAUCAAGUACAAGUGGGCCGGCAACGACCGGUACUGGAUCAUCUUCUCGGCCUGCGGCAUGGUCGGCUUCGUCGGCGCCCUGGCCGCGCUGACGCCCGAGAAGAAGGGCCUGGGCAUCGCCCUGACCCUCCUGGGCCCCUUCUUCGUCGGCGUCAUCGAGCUGCUCGCCCUGACCCUGGCGCCGCUCUACUGCAAGCCUUCCGACAUCGGCCUGGCCGCCGGCCUGCUCGCCUCGAUCCGCUCGGCGGGCGGCUCCAUCGCCGUCACCGUCUACUCGACCAUCCUCAACAACCGGCUCGGCACGACCCUGCCCGCCGCCAUCGCGCCGCUGGCCCAGGCCGAGGGCGUCGCCGCGGACAAGAUCCCGGCCAUCGUGGCGGCGGCCAAGACGGGCAAGCUGGCGACCUUCCCGGGCAUCAGCGACGCGCUCAAGGCCGCCAUCACGGCCGCCAUGCCCAUGGCCUACUCCAAGGCCUUCCAGACCGUCUACCUCGCGUCCCUGGGCUUCGGCGGCCUCGCCCUUGCGGGCGCCCUGCUGGCCAAGGACUCGCGCAAGUACCUCACCGACACGGUGCAGCGCCGCAUGCACAACACGGGCGCCGAGGGCCACCCGGGCCACAACCCGGCCCAGAGCAAGGCCGCCGAGGCGGGUGCGUAG